AAAGAAGAAGAGCUUAUAUUGGGACGUUAUGAUGGUGAGAGACUACUGGAGUAAAUAUAGCUUUUAUUUUGCAAGAUAACUAAAGUUUUCCCCACAGACAAUGACACACUUUCGAGGUCAGAUCCGGGGCCCCCACUGGGGCCCUACAAUGGACAACAUGCUGAUAGAUUUCUGGAGCCAACAUGACUGCCUUUUUAAUUCCUCGGUCGACUCCUACUACGACAAGGACCUGAAGACCGAGUUUGCCUUGUCCAUCGGAAAGCCUGUAUCUGAUGUGGAGAGAAGAUCCAGAUUGCUCCGGACUCCGUACGGGAGGGUGCUAUGGCAUCCGGAGAGGGUCAACACUUUCCUGCAAAAGAUGCUUAGAGAGAAACUUGAUUUCUUGAGGCCUUACAUAGUUCGCAGGCAAGGUGAUUCAUAUCUGGAGGACGAGAAGUUUGAUGAUCGGGAUGAAGAUGACGAGGAGUUGGAGACCGAAGGGAGCAUUGACCACGAGAUGGGAAGCUCAUUUGGUAUCCCACUGGAUGCUGAUGAGAAGAGACAAGAUCUGGAUGAUGAACCCCACACGGCCUCCUGCCUGAACCCUGCUCCACUGCACUUUCCAAAUCUGUCGCCUCAAGUUACAGAUGUCAUGUCUCUGAGCUGUCCCCACUGCCCUGGCAAGGGUUCUACUUAUCAGCCUGCCCAAAUACCUGCACCAAACAUAUCCAAACACAACAUUUUAAACCAGUUUGCAGAAGUUAUGUUGGCCGACAUGCAUCAGAUUAAAGACCCUAUGGUGCUAAUGAGACUUCGCCGAGAUAUCACCCACCUGGUGUUCAAAGCGGUGGAAGACGAUGUGCAGAGACAAUGCAGUCGAGUCCUGCCCAUGUCUAAACCGGGGGAGAGAGUGCAGAUCCACGGCUGCUCCAUGCCCCAACAGGCAUCCUCACAAACAAACUACUCAUGGAGGCAGAGGUUUCUGAAGAGAAGGGGGUUAGAGAUUAGAAGGAGGAUACAGAGAUGGGAGGAGAAUGUCCAGGAGUCAGUUGGUGCAGCCCGGCGUCCAACAAGGCCCAGCGUUGGAGGGGACGGGUGAAAACAGCUCUCCGGUUAUUAUUCAAGCUUCUGAGAUCAAAAGAAAGCAGGGCCACACAUGGUUAAGAUUGAAGAGGAGACACUUUAAUCUGCUUGACAUUUUUGCUACAGGGUUGCCACUGUUUUCCCCUGAUUACAGUCUCCGUCAGGAAGCGUAGGUCAGAACGCUUCUUAAGACAGAUAACACUUAAAUCAAUCAUUCAACAGUAAUGAUCAUAGUAGCAAACAGACACUGGCAAGUGUCGAUCUUGUAAGUUAUUCGCCAGACAGAAGUCCUGACAGUUGCAAUGUAUUAGCAGUUAGUAGAACUAUUU